AUGGAUCUUAUUACGGGAGCCUUCAGCUCCAAGACAUCUGCUCCGCUAUUAACAACGGAGCGCGUCCCCGCGUCUGUUGCGACUGAUCCGGUCGUACCCCCUCCUCCUGCUCGUCCUCCACCUCCUCUUGCCCUCUUCCCCAGACACGCGGACCUGAAUGUCCUCGAUGAGAUAUUUAUUUGGUUUAACACUUUUCCUUUCUCUUAUCAGAGCUCUUACCCUGUGUGGGAAGACUUCAGUGCCAAGGCCACAAAGCUACACUCUCAACUCAGGACCACGAUUCUGGCAGCAGUGGCCUUUUUAGAUGCCUUUCAGAAGGUGGCGGACAUGGCGACCAAUUCUAGAGGUGCUACCAGGGACAUUGGCUCAGCUCUGACAAGGAUGUGUAUGCGACACCGUAGCAUUGAGGCAAAAUUACGCCACUUCACCAAUGCUCUUAUGGAAGGCCUGGUUACGCCGCUGCAGGACAGGAUAGAGGAAUGGAAGAAGACGGCUAACCAGCUGGACAAAGACCAUGCCAAAGAAUACAAGAGAUCUCGUCAGGAAAUCAAAAGAAAGUCACUUGAUACCAUAAAACUCCAGAAAAAAGCAAGAAAAGAGCUUCUAGGCCGCGGUAAUCUGCGCCCCCAGCUGGACAGCGCCAUGCAGGAUGUCAGCGAUUUGUACCUGCUGAUGGAGGAGACGGAGAAGCAGGCAGUGCGCAGAGCUCUCCUGGAGGAGAGGGGACGCUACUGUUCAUUCAUCAACUUGCUUCAGCCUGUGGUGAAUAUAGAGAUCGCCAUGCUGGGAGAAAUAACACAUUUACAAGCCAUUGUUGAUGACCUCACUUUGCUGACUGAAGACCCGCACAAGCUGCCACCAGCUAGUGAGCAGGUGAUCCGGGACCUAAAAGGUUCUGAUUAUAGCUGGUCCUACCAGACCCCUCCUUCUUCCCCCAGUAGCACAGGUUCCAGGAAGAGCAGUAUGUGCAGUCUCCUCCAGAUGCCCUCCUCAGGAGCCCAUCGGCUGAGCAGCGUCUCCUCCCAUGACUCGGGCUUUGUCUCCCAAGACGCCAACACCCAUUCAAAGCCUCCAUCACCCAUGCCCUCUGAUAUCACAAGCCAGAAAUCAACAAGCUCAGCCUCCUCUGAGGCUUCAGAAACCUGCCAGUCUGUCAGCGAGUGCAACUCUCCUACAGCGUUUGGCUCAUGCUCAUCCUUCGGCACCUUCCGCCCUGCUUUCUCACACACUGGCACCAUCAGGCCUCUAUCUGUCAUACUUCCUGCGUCCCCCACAUUUAACCACUCCCCUGGAUCCAACACUCCCUCACCCACAUCAAAGGUUCCUAGCUGGAAGGACUGGGCCAAAUCGAGUUCCUGCGAACCGCCGUUGGCCAGCACCCCACAGCGUAGGAGGGAGUCUGUGGAUAAGAUGAGAGAACUGGAGGCUCCGCCCAGUCCACAGGGGUAUUCUGGAAUGCAAGCUGAUGAGCCACACAGGGUGAGAAGUGGCCCAGGAACCAUCGCAGCCAAGCAUGGCGAGCCGCUCUCUCCAGCAGCCAGUACUCUAGCCAUGGUUCUAACCAGGGGCUUGAGCAUGGAGCAGCAAAAGAGCAGCAGAGACUCUCUGCAGUACUCCAGUGGCUAUAGCACCCAGACCAACACCCCCUCCUGCUCCGAGGACACCAUACCCAGUCAAGGUUCUGAUUAUGAGUGCUACUCUCUUAAUGGAGAUGCUGACAGCGAAGGGCAGGUGGACUUUGACAAAUCCUCCACCAUCCCUCGUCAUAGUAACAUUGCACAGAGCUACCGCCGCAUGAUCCAAACUAAGAGACCUGCGAGUACAGCGGGUCUGCCUGCAGGUAAGGAAGCACGAGUGAUUAUCCGUCAGUGGAGAGAGCGGAUUUAUGUGGCGCACCGCUCAGACGGCUGCGCGUGCUCACGCUGUGCCGCCGUGCAGAGGUUUGAGGCAGAGACCCUCCUGACCAUCACACAGGGUGGGGUGCACCGAGGAGCUCCGUCCCCGUGCGCCGCCACGCCCCCGCGCUUGGCGCUGUCCGGUGCUCUAGUGCUGAACGCUGGGUGCGAACACAACAAACUGCCUGCAGCGCUGUGGGCUGCCUGCACGCUGCCGUGUUACAUGGAGCCGAAAGGCGGAUCUCCCAGGAUGAAACAGCUUAAAGUUCAGAGGGCUCUCCCGGAAGGACCGCACCGUGGAUGGCCAUGA